AUGACUUCUCAUCAAUUCAUUGUGGCAUCCCCACCUACGGAUGCUAUCUCGGCCUUGAAGUUCUCCCCAGACCCCAACUCCGCGCGGAUCGUCGUUUCGUCAUGGGAUAAGAACGUGUACCUGUAUGACCUGCGGGAUGAGAAUGGAAAGGUUGGAGAGGGAAAGCUAUUGCAGAAGUUUGAGCACCGCGCUCCUGUACUGGACGUCUGCUUUGGCGAGAACGAGAACGAGAUCUACACAGCUGGACUGGAUUGGGACGUGCGGAAGAUCGACCUCAACACCUCCGAACAGACCGUGCUCAGCAGCCACGAAGCCGGCGUGCGCCAUGUCCUGUACAGUCGCGAGCACAACAUCGUCAUCUCCGCAUCGUGGGAUUCAACACUGCACAUCCACCUAUCAGAUGCCGGCGCAAACCCCGACUCCCUGCCGAUUAUCGUCCCCCUCCCGUCGAAGCCAUUCUCCAUCUCCGCAACUGCCACGAAGCUGAUCGUCGCGAUGGCAUCGCGCGCAUUGCACAUCUACGACCUCAAGGCCCUGGCCCUUCUCACCGCACAAGCAGAUGGCACAGCCCCAGGCGAUAACCGAGUCGAAGUUGAGCCCUGGCAACGCCGUGAAAGCAGCUUGAAGUUUAUGACCCGCGCGGUUGCAUGUAUGCCUGAUGAUGCUGGGUACGCCUCGUCCAGCAUUGAGGGUCGUGUCGCAGUCGAGUGGUUCGACCCGUCGCCUGAAUCUCAGGCCCGCAAAUACGCUUUCAAGUGCCACCGCCAGACUGCCGAGGAUGGCGUAGACGUCGUCUACCCUGUCAACGCAUUGGCUUUCCACCCAGUUUUUGGCACCUUUGCGUCCGGCGGUGGUGAUGGUGUUGUUGCGCUAUGGGAUGGAAUCUCUAAGCGCCGUAUCCGUCAAUAUCAAAAAUAUCAAAACAGUGUCUCAGCUGUUGCGUUCAGUGCGAGCGGCCAGCAUCUGGCCAUUGCAGUCAGCCCUGGAUUCGAAGACGGCCAUGACGAGGUUCCCGAAGGCACAGUGAAGAUUUACGUACGGGAGUUGGGCGAGACGGAGGCCAAGGGUAAGGGCGCAAAAUAG